UGAGUCAAAGCUWUGACCAGCGGAGUUACCGAGUUCUCCAAAAUCCAAGAUGGYGGACGAACUGUAUUUGCACGUGUUUUCAUAUUAUUAAGAAAAUUCCUGGUUUGGGACUUUUUAAUUAGUUUAUACACUGUGCACAACGAUUAUGGGUCGUUCAAAGAAGGGAUACAACUGGAAAGCAAGACAAGGUAAUCAAGAAACAGAGUCUUCUGACUCUGCGAAGGACACUGCUCGUCCUGGGGAGGGCAUUUUAGAUAAUGCAAGUUUAAAACAAAACGAUUAUGGGACUUCUGCAGAAGAUACUAACCCGUUGGUUAUAGAAAAUAAGAACAAGAAUAAAAGUACGAAGAUUCUUAAGGCAGAGAGGAAGAAAAAGCUAUCGAAGACGCAACGAAAGCGUCUAGAGAAGAUUGUAGAGAGAAAGCAAAAGAAAGCAAAGAGAGCAGACUUGUUGAAAGRAUUAGAAAAACAUGCUGUCAGUGAAAGCGAGCUUGAACUUAUGAGUUCAGCAACUAGACUAGGACAAUUGAAUCGCAAAAGGAAGCUUUCAGAAACAGCUUCUGAAAUUUCUAAAGAAACGAUGCAGCAGGAUAUUAUGUCCAGUGUUUCAAAGGGAAGAAAAAAGGCAAAAAAGGUUCGUCUGCUAAAAAAGGCUAUCCAACCAUUAUCAAAGCCCGAGACGGUAGAAGAAGACGAKACAGAGUCGGAAUCUGAAAGUAGCGAAGAUGAAGACGAGGAAGUUCCAGAUAAAGAUUCAUGUGAUGAGAGUUCAGAGGAGACAAAUUUAGAUCAAGACGAGACUCAAGAAAGAACCAAUUUGAAGGAAACUAGUGCAAAGAUAAAAGAAAAAGAGGACAAGCCUAAGGACCCCCAUGAAGGCAAGCAAAAUCCUACCGAGAAGAAAGAUUACAGCUUUCAAGCUAAAACAGAAAAGGUUUUUGCCAAACCAGCAGUAUUUGUAGAAGUAAAAAGAGACGCUUCCAUUCAAGCAGCUAGGCUUCAACUCCCUAUUCUCUCAGAAGAACAAGCAGUAAUGGAAGCUAUAAAUGAAAAUGAAGUAGUCAUAAUCUGCGGGGAAACCGGAAGUGGAAAGACAACACAGGUGCCUCAGUUUCUGUACGAAGCAGGCUACGCUACUCGUGGGAAAAUCGGAAUCACCGAACCACGUCGAGUAGCAGCUGUCAGCAUGUCGGAGCGCGUUGCUAAGGAAAUGAACAUGGGGACUGAUAAGAUAUCUUACCAGAUCCGUUACCAAGRCAACUGUACUGAUAAUACUGUCAUGAAGUUCAUGACUGAUGGCGUUUUGCUGAAGGAAGUCGAGGGCGACUUUUUGUUAUCGAAGUAUUCUGUUAUUGUCAUCGACGAGGCUCAUGAAAGGAGUGUCUUUACGGAUAUCCUCAUCGGCCUUCUCUCAAGGAUUGUUCCUUUGCGCAACAAACRAGGAAACGAGCUUAAGCUUGUAAUAAUGUCUGCUACGCUUCGUGUGGAAGAYUUUACUGAGAAUACCARGCUGUUUCCGAGCCCGCCAAUCARCGUCAAGGUCGACUCGCGUCAAUUUCCUGUCACUGUUCAUUUCAAUAAAAGAACCCCGGAUGAUUACGUCGAGGAAGCUUACCGAAAAAUCUGUAAAAUCCACCGGACUCUYCCACCCGGAGGAAUUCUUGUCUUUGUCACAGGACAGAGUGAGGUUCAUAGUUUAUGUAGGAAACUUCGCAGAACUUUUCCAUAUGACAAAGAUGGCACUAAGAAGUACGGGAAAGGCAGUAAUAAGGAAUCGGAGAAUGAGUUUGACUUGAACAAGUAUCCCAUUGUUCCUUUGACUGAUGAAUGUGAAGCCGAGGAUGAAGUACAAGACACUGUARGUGACCAAGACGACGAUUUUGAUGACAUGGAUGAUUCAGCGUACACCACUGGGGUGGACCACAAUUUGCCUUUGUACGUACUCCCCCUUUAUUCGCUGCUCGCCAGCAAAGAACAAGCCAAAGUUUUCCAGUCAGCUCCGGAGGGGACUAGACCAUGUGUUGUGGCGACCAACGUAGCUGAGACGUCUUUGACAAUCCCACACAUCAAAUAUGUYGUUGACACCGGUAUGGUAAAAAGAAGAUUUUAUGACAAGAUCACUGGGGUGUCUUCGUUUAAAGUAACCUGGACGUCCAAGGCAUCAGCCAAUCAGAGAGCAGGAAGAGCUGGYCGAGUAGAGCCUGGUCACUGCUACAGGCUUUAUUCUUCCGCAGUAUUCACGAAUGAGUUUGAGGAAUUCGCUGAAGCUGAGAUUUCUCGCAGGCCUGUUGAUGACUURAUGCUUCAAAUGAAAAGCAUUAAUAUUAAUAAGGUGGUCAACUUUCCCUUCCCUACCCCUCCUAGUGCRACAGCUUUACAAGCCGCCGAGACGCUCYUGCUGGAUCUUGGAGCACUAGAAAACAAGAAAACCGUCAAGGGUAACAUUAACGCUGUGAUCACUCCACUAGGACGCUCCAUGUCCAACUUCCCAGUCUCGCCUCGUUAUGGAAAGAUGCUUUGUCUUGGAAACCAGAAAGACUGCCUGGAGUAUGUCAUUGCUAUCGUUUCUGCACUAACUGUUAAUGACAUUUUUAUUGACGACAUAAAAAGUGCAGGGUUCACRGGCGAUAAAGAGGAACUCAGGAAGAAGGUUGCUAAAAUAACGCAGCUCAGRCGCAGUUGGGCAGGGUAUGGUGAAGCGCAGAAGCUAGGGGAUUUGAUGGUACUUCUACGUGCAGUCGGGGCAAGUGAAUACGCUGGUAGCACAGAGAAGUUCUGCUACGAGAAUGGACUUCGCCAUAAAGGAAUGAUAGAAAUACGCAAGUUGCGUUCCCAGUUGACAAAUGUAGUCAAYCUGGUUAAGCCGGAUUCGCAGGUGAAACUGGAUCCACAGAUGAAGCCACCGAGUGUUGAGCAGUGUAUUGCUUUGCGUCAGAUUUGUCUUGCCGGUCUUGGAGAUCGCGUUGCACGGAGGAUCCCUUCAGAGGAGUUGAAUGAUCCCAAACUUAAGAACGCGUAUGUCUGUACGACUCUGGAAGAACCAGUUUUUAUUCAUCCAAAGUCUGCGUUGUUCAGUGUUCUACCUGAGUACGUCGUUUAUCAGGAGAUUAUGGAGACUACCAAGAUGUUUAUGAAAGGGGUCACCGCUAUCGAACCAGGAUGGCUACCAGUACUUGUUCCAAACCAAUGCACAUUCGCUAAACCACAAGAUGACCCUCCGCCUCGUUAUGAUGACGAGUCAGGAACGGUCAUGUGUCACAUGGCUUGUACCUUUGGUCCCAGGGCAUGGCAGAUACCCGCUCAAGAAUUAGAAUAYCCAUCAGGUCUCGAGAAAUUCAAAUGGUUUGGGAGAUUUUUAUUGGAAGGCAAAAUUCUUACCUCUCUUCAGAAGUACGUCCCCGUUCUCAUUGGUAGUCCUUCAUCAAUGGUUAAAUCUUGGGCCAAGCUACAACCUCGGACAGAAGUCCUUCUGAGUGAGCUAGCGAGUGGUAAUGUUGAUAGUAAAGAAAGACUUCGGGAAGCUUUAAAGGCUGAUGGGAAGUUUUUACUUAAUGCUUACAAGCAAUGGAUACCRAAGAUCAAGCACAAAGAACUUGAAAGCUUGUGGAGCACUUUUUAGUGUGGUCACGUAAAGUAUUCAGUGUUAGAGCGCAAUGACUGUUCUACCAUGGUUGCAGACGAUGAACCUCCCUAGACGCUGUGCGCACUUCAUUUUACCUUGCAUUUUUACACUGG